AUGGACGGACUCUCUAUCUCCAUCUCCAUCCAAGGUCUUGCCAAAGAAGAACACGACGGACCACUCUUCACUAUUUCCCUCUCAGCACCGCCGCCACAACAACCGCGCCGCCGCCACAGCCGACCUCCGCAUCGAGCCCCGCCGCCGCCGCCAGAAGACGGGUUCAUACCGGCGCUGUACCCUUGGGCGGCCCCGCGACGCGCUACCGUGUACAGCCGGUCCUAUCUCCUGUCCACUGGCAUAAAGACCGUCGCCGGCGAAGUACAGUGCAUGAAUUGCGACAAGAAAUACGAAAUGGAGUACGAUUUGCAGGGGAAGUUUGCGGAGGUGGAGUCUUUCAUAGAGGAGAACAAGUCGAGCAUGCACCGCAUGGCUCCGGCGGCGUGGAUGAGCCCGGCGCUGCCCGACUGCCGGUUUUGUGGGCAGAAGAACGCGGCGAACCCGGUGAUCGCGGAGAAGAAGAAGAGCAUAAACUGGCUGUUCUUGCUGCUGGGGCAAACGCUGGGGUGCUGCACACUCGAGCAACUCAGAUAUUUCUGCAAGCACACCAAGAAUCAUCGCGUGGGGGACAAGUAUCGGCUUGUGUAUCGUACAUAUCUCGGCCUGUGCAAGCAGCUUGAUCCUCGGGGGUCUUUUGAUCCUUGA